AUGGCCAUUGGGUUCCGCUCGCUUGUUUCCGGCAGCCGCACGGCUUCCUCCCGCGCCCAUGGCACCUCCAACGCCACCGCCGCCGCAGCGUCCAAGACCCGCUACGGCCGCGCUGCCCUCGGCGAUCGGACCAACGUCAACGGCACCCGCGCCGGCGGCGUGAACCGCUACUCCAAGUACACGUCGCGGUCGACGCGCUCUGGGUCGGCGGCGGCCAAGCCCGCGCCGAUGCAGGUGUCGCGGUCGAAGCCCGCGCCGAUGGCCGAGGCGCCGGCCAUCGAGCCGCCGGUUGUGCCCAUGUCCAAGCACGCCGUGCCGGCGCCGCUGGAGAACAUCGACGUCGACUUUGACGACCCUCAGGCGUGCACCGAGUACGCAGAGGACAUUAUGGACCACUUCUACUCCAAGGAGCUCAAGUACAUGGUGCCUGCGAACUUUAUGUCUGUGCAGUCGGACGUGACGCCCAAGAUGCGGUCGAUCCUCCUCGACUGGCUCGUGGAGGUGCACCUCAAGUUUAAGGCGCUGCAGGAGACGAUGUACCUUACGGUCAACGUCAUGGAUCGGUUCCUCAACAAGGUGCAGGUCAAGCGGUCGCGGCUCCAGCUGGUGGGCAUCACCUCGAUGCUCAUCGCCUCCAAGUACGAGGAGAUCUAUCCGCCGCCUAUCCGUGACUUUAUGUACAUGUGCGACAACGCGUACACCCGGCGCGAGAUCCUUGACAUGGAGCAGACAAUCCUGGCGACGCUCAACUUUACCCUCCAGCCGCCGUACCCGCUCCACUUCCUCCGCCGGUUCUCCAAGGCCGCCAACUCGGAUCUCACCACCCACACCACGGCAAAGUACCUCAUGGAGCUCACCAUCCCCGACUACCAGGCUGUCGAGUUCCUUCCGUCGUCGAUCGCCGCCGCCGCCAUGUGCCUUGCCCUCAAGAUGAACCGCUCCGGCGAGUGGGACGCAACCAUGGAGCACUACACCCGCUACACCGAGACCGAUCUUCUCCCGAUCAUCCGUCACCUCAACUCGCUCCAUGCCAACUCGUCGACCUCGUCGCUCAAGGCCGUCGCCAAGAAGUACUCGCGGAAGAAGUUCCUUUCCGUCGCUCUGCUUCCGGCCGUCAACGUUUAACUCUCUUUGUCUUCUCAUCAAACACAACGUGUAUCCUCUAUCGCACUCCCCACCAGCCCUCCAACCCUCUUCACAGAUUUGAACACAACUUGCA